AUGUCAAAGUUUACUAGUCUUGAAUUUGAAGUUCUUGAUAUCACUGGAAACAAUUACUUGGCUUGGGCAUUAGAUGCCGAAUUUUCCCUUAGUGCAAAGGGACUUGAAGCUACAAUCCUAGAAGGAAAUAAAGCUGAAAGCCAAGAUAAAGCAAAAGCUAUGAUACUCCUUCGUCAUCACCUCCAUGUAGAUCUCAAGAAUGAGUACUUGACGGUGAAAGAUCCACAAAUCCUUUGGAACAACUUAAAGGAAAGGUAUGACCACCAGAAAACUGUGAUUUUACCUAAAGCUCGGUAUGAAUGGACACAUCUGAGGUUACAAGACUUUAAGUCUGUAAGUGAGUACAACUCAGUCUUGUUCAAAAUUACCUCCAAAUUGGAGUUAUGUGGAGAGAAAAUCACGGAAGCUGAUAAGUUAGAGAAGACAUUCUCUACUUUUCAUGCAAAUAAUCUUGUCCUGCAGACACAAUACCGUGAAAAGGGAUUCCAGAAGUAUUCCCAACUUAUAUCUUGUCUCCUUGUGGCUGAGCAAAACAAUGAGCUUUUGAUUAAAAAUCAUGGACUACGUCCAACUGGUUCUGCUCCAUUCCCUGAAGCGAAUGUGACUGAACAGAACAACACGGGCCGCAGAAAUGGCUACACUCGUGGUCGCGGUCGUGGUCGUGGACAUGGUCGUGGAGAUACACGUGGACGUGGAUAUGGUCAAAUUCGAGUCCGAGGAGUUUCUUUUAAGAACUCUAACUCUCACCAGAAAUGGGAAAACAAGGAUGGUAACAAACAAGCAACUGAAUGCUACCGAUGUGGAAGUAAAGACCAUUGGGCUCGUACGUGCCGUACACCAAAGCAUCUUGUUGACCUGUAUCAAAAAUCAGUGAAACAAAAGGGAAAGAAUGUGGAAACAAAUAUGGUGUACGAAGGUGGAGAGGGAGACUUUGAUAUGGUUGAUGCCACCCACCUUGACAUUUCCGAUUUUCUCAUUGACGAAGAGAAAAAGUGA